AUGAAGCUCAACUCUGUUGCGACGGCAGUGACUGCAGCACUUCUUGCUGGCACUGCCAAUGCUGACGAUGGCACUUCCCCAGAGGAGGCUUCCUCUGUCUCGGUCAACCUUCCUACCUUUACACCUGCGUCGAUCAAGGCCGAUUUCUUGGAACAGUUUACCGACGGUUGGGACGCUCGAUGGAAGCCAUCCCACGCCAAGAAGGAGACGAAGGGAAACGAGGAAGAGCAGUGGGCCUACGUCGGCGAGUGGGCAGUCGAGGAGCCCACCGUCUUCAAGGGUAUGGAAGGCGACAAGGGACUCGUUGUCAAGAACGCCGCCGCCCAUCAUGCAAUUUCGGCGAAGUUCCCCAAGACCAUUGAUAACAAGGGCAAGACGCUCGUCGUUCAAUACGAAGUCAAGCUCCAGAACGGUCUGGAGUGUGGAGGCGCUUAUCUAAAACUCCUCCGUGAGAACAAUGCUCUACAUCAGGAGGAGUUCUCCAACACCACGCCAUACGUCAUCAUGUUUGGCCCGGACAAGUGUGGCCACACUAACAAGGUCCACUUCAUUUUCAACCAUAAGAAUCCCAAGACUGGCGAGUACGAGGAGAAGCACCUGGUCACCCCUCCCACUGCCAAGAUCGUCAAGACCACGGAACUCUACACGCUCAUUGUCCACCCGAACAACACCUAUGUUGUCAAGCAGAACGGCGAAGAGGUCAAGUCGGGCAGUCUCCUUACUGACUUCCAACCCUCCGUCAACCCCCCCGUGGAGAUUGACGAUCCUUCCGAUACGAAGCCCGAAGACUGGGUUGAUGAGGCUCGCAUUCCCGACCCUGAUGCUGAGAAGCCGGAGGACUGGGAUGAGGACGCCCCCUACGAAAUUGUGGACGAGGAGGCCACCCAGCCCGAGGACUGGCUCGAGAACGAGCCCACCUCCAUUCCCGAUCCCGAGGCUGAGAAGCCAGAGGACUGGGACGAUGAGGAGGAUGGUGACUGGAUUCCCCCAACUGUCCCCAACCCCAAGUGCUCCGAGGUCUCCGGUUGUGGCCCGUGGACUAAGCCCAUGAUGAAGAACCCAGAGUUCAAGGGUAAAUGGUCUGCCCCCAUGAUCGAUAACCCCGCGUACAAGGGACCCUGGGCCCCACGAAAGAUCAAGAACCCGGACUACUUCGAAGACAAGACUCCUGCCAAUUUUGAGCCCAUGGGUGCUAUCGGCUUCGAGAUUUGGACGAUGCAGAAGGACAUCUUGUUUGACAAUAUUUACAUCGGCCACUCUGUAGAGGACGCCCAGAAGCUUGCUGACGAGGCCUGGAAGCCGAAGCGUGACGCCGAGAAACUUGUGGAGGAGGCCCAGAAGCCAAAGGAAGAUCCCAAGCCCGAAUCUCCCCUUGACCUCAAGUUCACCGACGACCCGGUCACCUAUGUUAAGGAGAAGAUUAGUCUCUUCGUCACCCUUGCCAAGAAGGAUCCUAUUCAGGCUAUCCAGUUCGUUCCCGAGGCAGCUGGAGGCCUUUUGGCCGUUGUUCUCGGCCUUAUCGCUGUUAUUAUCAACGUCGCCAAGCAAGGCCCCGCGGCCCCGGCUCCCAAGAAGGCAGAUGGAGGCAAGCCUUCCAAGGAGAAGUCGGCACAGGGCGCGGCGACAGGUGCCGAUACCGGUAAGGGUGAGGUAACCAAGCGAAACACCCGCAGCCAGCAAUCAUGA